AACUAAAACCGAUACGAGUUCAGAGUUUUGAGGGUUUGUUCAUUGAAAAAAAGGUGAAGAGUCACUGACUAAACUGGUAUACAUUUUUACUUACUGGCCGGUUGACCCCCGGCCCGGCGAUGAAUAUCUAGAUUUUAAUAACGACCUUAUAAGCAAGGAUCUUACUAGCUAUAUGCAAAACAAGGCCGCAAAUCACCUUACCUUCUCGACUGCGUAAGGGUCGCAUUUUCUUCAAAACAAGCCCGACUUGCACAACUUCUCUUACUAGUUCUGGCGGCGCAGAUAAAUAAAUAUAUAAUUGUGCGAUUUGGGGUUGACAUUUCAUUCUAGAAAUAAUUAUCUAAUUCAGACUGUAUGUGGGAUGCUUUGUGAAGAUGACUUGUCUUUGCUACGCCUUCUAUUUGUUGUAUAAUUUUAUUACAACAAUUGCGUCAACGCGUUAGUUCGUACAAUUCUAUGUACUGAAAUUUUUGCAAGCUCGUACAAUCAAAGCCAUCCAGAAACUGCCUAUAAAGACACAUGAUGUUAUUCCUUAAUCCUUAGUAAACCAUUCUGUAUUGAAGUGAUUCAGGGAAGCAUGGCCUCUGGAUUCACAGGAUACUUGGGUUGCAUUGUUCUUCUGGUUGCCGCUGUCGUUGUGGCACACGAGGGCCACGACCACAUGGCUCCUGCACCAUCUCCUCCGAAGGCCACCUCCACUGCCUCCAUGAAUUCUCCGUUGGCUACUACAGCAGCCGGAUUAUUCACACUGGCAGCUGCUUUCUUGGCUAUCAUUGGAAAAAUGAUCAUUCAUGUGCAUUCGAUUCAAUUAGAAGACAAAAGGCAAAUGUAAAUCCUGAACGUAACAAGACUUAUAUACUGCCCAGAGAUUGCAAAUUUCGUACAAGCUCGUUUAAGUAA